AUGAUCACCAUCCGCCGGCGCCGCCCCGCGAGGCUACCCAUCUACCUGGCCAUCGCCCUGACGUUGCUGUUCCUCUGGCAUACCGGCCUUCCUGUUGGCUGGGGCACCGGUGACAUCAUCUACAACGGCAUCCACUACCGCAAGUCGGGCUACGACUGGGGCAGCUUGACACUCGAAUAUCCGCUCGAAAAGCCGCUGCGAACCCCGCCGGCUGGCAGUCCUCGCGAACUCCCGCAAGUCCAAUAUGACUUUGACGGGGGCAGCAGCAGCAGCAAGAACGGUCGGGGAGAAAAGAAGAAGGGCAAGAAACUAUCCCACGACGAGGACCGCGACCAAGAACGGGCAAAGCAGAUCGAGUCGAGAAGGGCAGCCGUAGUCCACGCCUUCCGACGGAGCUGGGCGAGCUAUGCUGACCACGCAUGGACGUGGGACGAGCUGACACCUGUGUCUGGCCGUGGCAAGAACACUUUCGGCGGCUGGGCGGCCAGCAUGGUCGACGGCCUCGACUCGCUAUGGAUCAUGGGAAUGCACGACGAGUUCCGCCGCGCCGUUCGCGCCGUCGCCCAGCUCGACUGGUCCAACACCACCGAGACCGCCGCCAAUAUGUUCGAGACGACCAUUCGCCAUCUGGGUGGUCUCAUCGGCGCCUACGACCUGAGCGGCGAGCCGGCCUUGCUGGCCAAGGCCGUGGAGCUGGGCGACAUGCUGUACAUGGGCUUCGACACCCCGAACCGCAUGCCACCCUUUUGGUUCAAGUUCUCGGAUGCCAAGUAUGGCAGGCAGAAGGUUGGCGAGCGCGAGUCUUCGGCCGCAGGAUGCUCGCUGUCCAUGGAGUUUACCCGCCUAUCCCAGCUGACGGGUGACCCGAAAUACUACGACGCGACCGAGCGCGUGAAAGAGUUCCUCGUCAAGACGCAGGACAAGAGCAAACUGCCCGGUAUGUGGCCCAUGUUCAUGAACUACCGCGAGGAGAAGGUCGACGAAAGCUCCUUCAGCAUUGGCGCGCAGGCGGAUUCUCUAUACGAGUACCUUCCCAAAAUGCACGCACUGCUCGGCGGCCUCGACGACGAGUAUGAAAAGCUCACCAGUAGCUCGUUCGAUGCCAUUGACAAGCACAUCCUAUUCCGCCCCAUCCUGCCCAACGUGACCGACAUACUCGUCCCGGGCAAUGCCUUUGCCCACGCGACCUCGGUCGACCUGACGCCCGAGGCUCAGCACCUUGGUUGCUUUGCCGGCGCCAUGUACGGCCUCGCCGGCAAGCUUCUGGGCCGGAACUCGUACGUCACUAUCGGCGAGAAGAUCUCGCGCGGUUGCGCCUGGGCGUACAAGGUGUUCCCCACGGGCAUCAUGCCCGAGAUCAUGACGUUCCACCACUGCGCCGAGCCGGACCACGGCGCAUGCGAGUGGGACGAGAAGAAGCACGGUCGCCCGGGCGUGCCGGGGGGCGUUAAGCAGGUCCGCGACGGCCGUUACAUGCUUCGCCCGGAGGCCAUUGAGAGCAUCUUCUACAUGUAUCGCAUCACGGGUGACGACGAGUGGCGCGACGUCGCCUGGGACAUGUUUCAAGCCAUCCAGCGCGCGACCGAGACGCCGCUGGCCUACUCGGCCAUCGACAACGUCAACGUGCAGCCGGGCGACACGACCAAGACGGACUCGAUGGAAAGCUUCUGGUUCGCCGAGACGCUCAAGUACUUCUACCUCAUCUUCUCUCCGCCCGACGUCCUCAGCCUCGACGAUUGGGUGCUCAACACCGAGGCGCACCCCUUCAAGCGGCCCAAGAGGAUGGACCACGUCGAGACCGAGGCCGAGAUCCGAGGGCAGUCCAAGUAG